GGUCACUGACUAAGUUGAGGCAUUUCAGCGUCACGGUGGCUCCGUUGACCCUGAAAUGCAACAUUGAGUCACGUUCCCCCAAUUUUGCAAUAGCCGACGAUGGAGCUUCGCAUCUGUUGUUGUUCGUCGAUAUUUCAGUGAUUCAGUUCAAACGAAACGAAACGAUCCAACAUUAAACAGAAAUUUUUCAGUUGCACGCUAGGAAGCGCAUUCUGGAAAUAACUCUUGUGUAUUUUGUCAUUAGCAAGUAUAAUUAAUUUGUUUAAUAGUGAAGUGACUGACGGACUAAGAAACAGAGCCACGCAAGCAACUUAACUUGCUUGAAAGCAACCUGUUUUAACACGGAAAACCACGACAGUGUGAAAAUGGCGAGGGUGGUGAAAGUGAAUUGCGCAUCGGCCGCUAUAUUUGCAAUUUUAUUGCUUACCCAAAAUUUAGGCCAUAGCGAAGCAAAGCGCGUUUUGAGCAACAAUCGGAAAUCCAAUAGUGGGCAUGUGACCAAACCGAGCUAUCCGACACAAAGCAGUGCAGGUAACUCACACGCAGAUCUUGCUAAAUUGAGCUAUUCGGGAUAUAAUUCAGCACCGAAUCGCCCAGCUUCAGCUGCCGGAGCUGGCGCCACAAAUACUCAACCAAUAGGAUGGAAUGUUCCAAAAUCGCAAGGACCUCCGGCUUCUGGAACCAAUGUACACACUCCUAUAACAGCUACUAAUACACACGGUGUGCAGAGCUCUUAUCCUGGCGCCAAUUACAACUCUCCCGGCUCGAUUCCUGCAGGCGCAACUUACCAUUCACCUGGCUCACUUCCAGCUGGUGCAACAUACCAUUCGCCUGGCUCAGUUCCAGCUGGUGCAACGUAUUAUUCACCUGGAUCUGUACCUGCAGGCGCAACAUACCAUUCACCUGGCUCACUCCCUGCGGGUGCAACAUACCAUUCACCUGGUUCAUACCCUGCAGGAGGAAACCCAUAUUCAUCGCCUGGACAUAUGCCAGUUAAUGGCGGUUACUAUCCAGCUGGAGGUAGUCAUUAUCCCUCGGCUGGCGUACCAGCUGGUGCUACUUACGUAGCUCCUGGUGCUGCACUUCCUCCAGGCGCUGUGCUUUAUUCAUCACCACCGCAACAAACGUCGUCAGGAUUAGGAUUUGGUUCUGGUUUGGCUGCUGGCGCUAUUGGAGGCGCAAUUCUUGGUCACGUGCUUACGCCAACACAUACGCGUGUCGAAUCUGCACCAGCUGCACCCGCUGGACAACCAGGCAGUGAUGAUGGCAAAAUCAUCAUUAUUAAUAACGGUCCACCAGGUUCAGUGACUACGACAAAUGCUGCCGGUGCUACGGUCAUCACCACAGGUGUCGCUGGCGAAAACGGCACACAACCCAUGCCUGCGCCAGCACCAGCCGCUGCACCCGCUGACCCCGCAAUACCCAACGUACCACUUGCCCCCAUAGGUGAUAACAACGCAGGGCAACCAACACCAGCACCAGGUGCUGCACCCGCAGAAGCUGCUGCUGCCGCCGCUCCACAACCAGCCCCCGGAGAACCGCCACUAGGCGGCAUAAUUUGUGUACCAGUGCGCGUAAAUGAUACCGAUCCAGCAGAUAACAGCAAGAUGAUUGAAGUCGAGAAAAUUGCCUGCUACCCCGCACCGCCGCCACCACCAUCAGCACCUGUAGCUGGUGCUGAAAUGAAUGGUACUGCGCCGAUUAUGCCACCAGCUGGCGAAGGAAGUGCACCAUUGGCGCCCAUGAGCCCAGUCACCGCAGCUUCACAACAAUUGCAAGCAAAUCCAACACAAUCACCCUUGUUGCCGGACAAUGCUUCGGUAAAAACAAGUGGUGCCAUGACAUGGCUCAAUUACGCCGCCUGCAAUUCUAUGACAACAAUAUUGUUGCCAUUAGUUGUUGCGUUUUUUGGACUGCAUUAAAUAUGUGAAACCUUAAAAGGCAACAAAGAGCACAGACAAAAAAAAAACAGUGAAGCAGUGAGUUAAAAAUAGUAGAAAUAAUCGAUAUGCCUAAUGGGUAACAAGCUUAGUAAAUUAAUACAACAACAAAUUGAAACAAAUAUGUAAUUCGCAUACCUCUUUUUGUAACAAAUAUUUUCUUACUUUUGCAUAAUACUUCGAAUUGGAAGAAUCUCAGCAUAUUUUACAAUGCUUCGUUUUUAAUCAUAACAUUUUUUUUAUUAAGAAUUAUUAAAUUUCUCAAAUAUAUAAGUAUUAAAAGCAAAACAUGCUUUAAAUAUUAGUAUUGUUAUACACAUAUCCAUCACAUGUACUAAAUUGGUUGAUCAAUACAAACAUACAAAUAUUGGUAUGUAAUCCAUUAACCUGUGUAAUGACACGUCUAACAUAACCUAUGUGAUGUUAAAAUAUACGUCGAAUAAUAUUUGCGGUUUUUGCGCGUCACUUUAUCAUAUAAUUUUCCAUUUUAAACAGUUAUUCCAACUCGAAACUCGCGCCUUUGCAAUUUAAAUUAGGGAAUUUUUAAUGCAAACAGAAACAAGUAGACUGCGUUUGCAGCUCGAAACAAUUUAUAACAAACGUCUUCUUACAAAUACAGUUAAAAUCAGUGAAUAGCUUUUGUCUUCAUAAGCCAUAAGGUUUACAGCCAUUUUAAAUGUUAAUUAAAAAGUGUUGAAAAUAAAUAAAAAUCCGUGUUUAGAACGUAAUUCCAUAGCCACAUUUCAAUGAACCAGUAGUCAAUAUAUAUACAUACAUAUAUAUUUGCUAAUUUAUUGUAUUAUGCACCUAACAAAUUAUACAUAUUUAAUGCAAUAAAAUUAGCUUGCAAGCACCCUACACUAACCGCAAAAA